AUGUCGACCAAUACAGAUUUCGCAUAUGGCACAACUGCCAUCAUCGAUUUUGGUGUAAAUAUCCCCCAUCCAUACAUGAUAUAGGAAAAUGAAUAGAAUACUGAUACCAUUUCCCUAUCCAGCUCCCCCCUUCAUACCAAUCAUACGAAGAUCAACCUGCCCACUAUGCAACCACAGCUACCUCCACCUCGCUAACACCCGAGGAGCCAGUCAACACCUCAGACGACAACAAGACAGUUGACUAUAUAAUUGCCGAGACGGUUCCCCCACCAAUGACGGAGCUAGACAACGACUUAGACACCUCCACAGACAACGAAGAAUCCAACGAGAAAGUACCCGAAGAGCAAAACACAAUAUACACCUCCAUUACCAAACUCCUUCCCAAACAUCUAAACCCACAGCACCUCACCAAAAUCUUCCACCACUUCAUCCACCGCAAAGACCAAGCACGACUCAACGAACUCAAUGUAAUGGUUCUCCCCCACUGCUCGCAGGAUCUCACAGAAGGCCUCGGUCGUCAGGACCAGAUCGCGGCGGAGAUCCAGAGGUAUGAGAGUAAGAUUACGAAUCGGAAUGCGUUGCGGUUGGUGAGGGAGCAUGGGAGGAAGAUUAUGGCGUUGGUGAGGGAGCUGGGGGAGGAGGAGGAGGUUGUGAGGUGUGUUUUGGCGGUUGCGUUGGUGGGGUGUGGGGUGCUUGUGGGGGGGUUGUUGGUUAGUUAG